GCUGCCAGGCCUCUCGGAGCCUCUUCGCCCUGGCGAUCGCCCAGCCGCUUUCUCGGAGCCCCCCCGCCGCCCGGGCGCGGACGAGUCCCAGGCUAGCUGGCUUGUAGGGACGGAGCUCCCGUCCCGGGCUUCCUGUUGGGGCUACGUAAUCCCGCCACCCGCAGCCGAGCGGAGGCCCUGCCCGCCUGGCACUGCGCGUUAUGGACAAGCACGGCGGUAGGAUAAAGGAGAAGCGGCGUUACGAGAACUUGCCUGCAUGAAGGACAAUGACUGCUUGAAGUGACCUGUUUUCCAUGGUGAAUUGCAAAAGAAUGUGGAUUAACCUAGUUCCCUGCUGCCUACUGAUGGUAGCACAUUUAUGUAUUCUGAACCAGUUUGUCUACAGCCAAGAAAAAGUUCCAGAUUCUCCAUAUUCAGCUAAGAACUUGACAUGUAUCACACACAAUCUUGAUAAAGUUGACUGCACUUGGACUACAGCUGCUGAAGAUGACUCUGAACUUAUUUAUGAAUUCUGUUACAGUGUCAGAUUCUCCAAUCCAGAAUGUGCAUCAACUAAGAUAAAAUGGGCAACAUUGGCAUUAAUUGUGUUCGACUCUGUGCAGAUUGAGAUAACUACCUUAAAUUCAUCUGGGAAAGCCCUAGCUAGAAACUCGUUUCUGCUGCCCGAGAAAGACGUUUUACUUGUUCCUCUAAUGCCCCAUAUUCAUAGACUGACUCCAGAUUUUUUAGCGGACACAUUGAUUCUGGAAUGGUAUGACGGUGGAUCACUCCUUCCAUACAAAAUUGAAUCUAGUUGGCAAAUCCAGAUUCUACGUAAAGAUCCAAUGGAGGAAGUAGCACUAGAGACCUAUAAAACUACAUCAGGUGGUGGCAAUGACACCCUCCUUCAUUGGAAGUGGACAUCAGAUCUGCCUUUUAACUGCACUACUCACCACAUUAGAAUUCGCUGUUUUCUUCACGAGAAAGCCUUUGCUGGAAGGAAGAUGUGGAGUGAAUGGAGCCCACUUGCAAAUAUUCCUGGAUCUGAUCCAGGCAAUGUCACGAAAAUGUACCCCUUAGAUAAAGUGGUGGUGGCAGGUUCCAACGUGACUUUCUGCUGUCUGUACAAAGCUGGACAAAAAAUUCUGACCCUUAAUUAUGGUUCAUGUGAAUCUCUGCAGUGUGAGACUGCCCCUCUCACCAAGAGCAGCACAUCACUCUUUGUGCAAAAUGUUAGUGCUGCCAGUAAUUCUGGAUUUAAUGCCUGGUGCACGGUGCAAGUCCCAGGAUCGUCCACUCCUUCCUUGGAUGGAACGGUUUUAUUUGUGGGCUAUCCUCCUGAUGUUCCACAAAAUUUAAGCUGUGAAACACAGAAUUAUAAGGAAAUAACAUGCAGAUGGGAGGAGGGAAGGCCCACCUUAUUAUUUGGCCCAAGACGAACCAGAUAUGCCUUAUUUGAACGAAUCUCUGGGGAAAAUAUCUCAUGUGCAGAAGCAAGUCGUAAAUUUUCUCAGUGUAAUUUUCCGGUCCUGAAGAACCAAACAGAAUACCACUUCACACUACACUGUUUCAAUAAUCUCGGCCAAUCAGAAGCUUCCCUCUUAAUUGAUAUUAGACACAGAGUUUACCCACAAACCCCUACAGAAUUAAGGGUGAGCAGUGAAAGUUCAACCAGCUUCACACUGUCUUACUAUUUGCCUGGCAAUUUCAAAGAAACCAAACUGCAAUGUCAGGUUCAAAUUUCCAGCGGCACUUCCCAAGAAGAAAGGAACGUGCUGCUGGAUGAGUCAGAAAAAUCACGUUACACCAUCUUAGUGGACAAAUUGCAUCCAUACACAAAAUACAUUUUCCGAGUUCGCUGUGCAACUCCAGAGCCUUUGUUUUGGAAAUGGAGCAGUUGGAGCAAAGAGAAGACCUACACAACUCAGGAAGCACGUCCAGCAAGAGAGCUUGAUACCUGGAGAGAGAAAGAUGCUAAUGAAGAUACAGUCACCAUCUUUUGGAAGCCACUACCCAUUCUCGAAAGCAAUGGAUUGAUAGAGACUUAUGAGGUAUAUUGGACCAUGCCAGAUAACUCCAGAAAGAAUGAAUCAGUUCUGGCACCCCACAACUCCACCAAAAUAAAACUUGGGAAAAAUGAUUACGUAUUUACAGUGGUGGCAAAGAAUAAGGCGGGUGUUUCUCCUCCUUCUUCAAUAAAUAGUGCAGAGCUUCCAGUGGGUGAUGUUCCCACAGAGAAGGGAUAUGGAAAGGAUGAUGGUAUUUUUCUUGUUUGGCACCCUGACUCUAAUGCGACUUGUGGUUACAUAGUGAGAUGGUGUUACGGUCCUGAGUCACAUACAGCUGUCCACUGGGAAAAGUUUUCUUCAAGUGUGACAAGUGCUGUUAUCAAAUCAGCUGUCUUCCAGCCUGGAGUUCAAUAUACGUUUUCUGUCUUUGCCUGCAAAGAAAAUGGGUAUCAGCUACUGGGAUAUAUCAAUGGCUACAUACAAGAAUUGAGUCCCAAAACCGCACCUACUUUCAGUGUGGAGCAUGCCACCUCAGAUUCCGUCUUAAUAAAAUGGAAGAAUAUAUCUGUUGAAGACAGCCGAGGCUUUUUAAAAGGCUAUUUGCUUCAUUGUGGCAAAGGAGAGAAAGACGGCCCAAGCCCAAAAUCUUUCGAACCAGUAAUUAACAUUACUGAUCUAAAUCAAAAUGCCUUGACAAUAACAGGCCUUCAAGGGAAAACCGGUUACCACCUUACUUUUAGAGCUUAUACAGCUGGAGGAUAUGGACCUUCCAAUACCUUGUAUGUGGUUACAAAGGAAGAUGCUUUGGGAUUGAUCAUUGCCAUAAUUAUCCCGGUGGCUGUGGUUCUUGUGUUGGCAGUAGUAACCAGUAUCCUCUGCUACCGGAAGAGAGAAUGGAUUAAGGAAAUCUUCUAUCCUGACAUUCCAAACCCAGAACAUUCAAAAGCUUUGGAUUUCCCAAGGGACCCAGAGGGGAACUCUAAUUCUAAAACCUUGGAGAUGAACCCAUGUACUCCCAACAACAUUGAAGUGGUUGAAACACAGUCCCAAGGUCUGAAGAUUGAAGACACGGCCAUUACAUCACCUGUUAUGGAAGAGCUUCCUGAAGACGGCUUCGAGUCUGAAUCAGGGAGCCACUUUGUGGUUUCCUAUUGUCCACCAAUCAUUGAGGAAGUCAUAUCUAAUCAACCAGAGGAUGAAUCUAUAGUGUCUUCCCAGGUUGUUUAUAUUGAUGUCCAGUCAAUGUAUCCAGCUCCAGUUAAAACAAACGAAGAGUUAGAAGCUGACUGUGUGGCUUCAGCAGGCUAUAAACCACAAAUGCAACUUGCAGUUAAUAGUUUAAGAGAGUUGGAAGAAACAUCGAUAACAGAAGAGGACUCAGACAAGGUUGCAGCUUAUAGACCACAAGUGAAUGCAUCCUCCUGGAAUACAGGAUGUCCAGAUUCUCCAGAAUCCAUAGAAAAUGUCUCAUUUGGGAGCCCUUGUUCAAUUAAUUCUCGGCAGUUUUUGAUUCCUCUUAAAGAGGAUGAUGAUUCUCCCAAAGCUAUUAACUCAGGGUGGUCUUUUGCUAACAUAUUUCACACCAAAUCAAAUGAGUAGCACUGAGACAUGGUUGCCCUGGAAGUAGCUGUUUGCUUGGGACUGGUUGUUAACAGUUUUGGAGGCACUAUCCCAGAGUGUUUAUUAUUUCAGUAAAAUGGAAAGUUGCAGUGGACACGGCAGUGGUAACUUUUAUGAUUGGUAGAGAUGCUAGUUCACAGCACCUCAGGGAAGGUAGUUCGAAAGCCAAAGAGCAGCGUCCGGUCUGCAACUACCUUGGAACAGUCUUCCCUUUACCCCUCCCUGGCCCACUGCUGUCAGUAGGGCACAAUGUUCCUUCUUUGUAAGUAUAUUUAUGGCUUCCUAUUCAGAAUACGCAAGAGGAAAAGGUUACAAGCAAUUUUUUUUCUGUAGGUAUCAGUAUGUCUGUUAAGCCUCAGAAGGACACAUAUAUGCAGGUGUGUUCAGGAUUGGGGCCUAUAAAAAUGCUUAGGUCACCCUUUGUUACGGGAUCUUACUGUUAAAAAGACAGCAGACAGAUGCUACAAGGGCCAAACACUACAGGACCAUACGCUACAAAUCCACAACCAGACACUGAAAGUCCCAGACACCCAAUCAUUACAAUAUCACAAGCAAACACUACAGCAUCAAACACUACAGUACUGGUGGUGGUGGUGGUUUUAUAGCAAUGGAUCUCCAGCUGCUUUGGAGAGCCCUUGCGGUUUAAGGCAGUUCACUCCCUUUUGAUUCCGGUAGAGCCAGCUUAGAUCGCUUGCAGUGUUAUGCUGACGAGCCUGGAUGAUAGUUUCUGUACCUGCUGUAUGCAUGUGUAUGCAAUAGUUGGGACUCAGGGUGCAAAAACAAGUGUAACACUGAUUUUAAAUCUCAGUCAGGAAUAAAUAAACGGACUUCUAGCAUAUCUUUUUUAAUAAAUUUUAUUUUUCCAUACUUUUUAAAAAAUAAAAUACAUUGUGUGCUAUGUCCUCACCUCAGAUCUGGUAGAUUAGAAACUGCCUUCCUGACAUGCCACUUUCCAGCAUGAGGUAUUUUGCUAUUUGGGGGGAGCAUUUUGGCCAUGGGAGCCUGCAUCUGCAAUCCUAAGCAGAAGGGGCACUGUUGGGGAAUCUGGGGACCCGGAUGUCCUACUGAAUACUUGGUUUUAGGAAUACAGAGAGCCACACUGUCCCAUCUAUGUCUCUUUCAGAGAGAGCUUGAUGGAUGAGUCUGUGUCACAGAGAUGUGCAAAAUGUUCCCCACACAAGCUAUUCUACGUGUGGAACGCUCGUUCUGCAAGAGCUGUGUCCCAACUGAAACUGCAUGUUUUGGAUUCAUGGAAUGAAGCAAAGGAUUUUGUUCUGAGCAAAAACAGUUGGUGGAACAGGGAAAAAGUCAUGAUGUCAGCAGCUCAUGGGAGAAAGAAAAGGAAGAUGCUAGUAAAUCAGUGGGAUAUGCCCACUGCUGGCAGCAGUGGCCGAGGGAAGGGAGAAAAGGCCCCUGAAGGUAGGGGUUAGCAAGCCUACGGCAUGUGCCUUGUUGGGACUUUGGUGGUGGCUUCUGAGAGGUAGUUGGGGAGGAAAGGGACAGUGCUGGGAAAAGGGGCAGUCGAGUAUGAUACACCAUUCCAGACACUAUUGAGAGAACAGAAGGAAUGGCAUGCAUUAGUCUUGCCUUACUUGCCCUGUCCAGAUUUUGUUUAGUCCAAAACCUGGAACAUCCCAACAUUCCAGGUUUUGGAUCUACUGAACUGUGGCUGACCUGAAAUGGUUUGGCAGAACCUCUGGGAAGUGAUGAUCAGUCUCAGGUUCAAAACAAAACGUUUUCCCCAUUUCAUGCACACUCUAAUAGGUAGCAACGGUCUUCCAAAGAUCAUAAUCUGCAUAAGUACCAUUUGAAAUCAACUCUGAACAGCUUCCCUUCAUAGUCUCUAUGGAAAACCAUUUGCCUUGGGGAAUGGCCAACUAUUAUACUCAACUGCCUCUGUCUCUGAAUUUUACAGGGAUAACAAGUAGGGAGCAAGUUGCAUUCUGGCAAUCUGAGAUGGAAAUUCUUGAAUUCCUCUCUAAAAUACCACCAAGCAAUUUAAAAUUAAGUCCUUUGGGAUACAGUCAGGUGGACUAGUUUUAAAAUGAGACCUAGCAUUUUGAGCGUAUCUCUUGCACAUGUAAAACUGCAGUUUCACUCAGCUCAUUGAAUUGACAUUUAUACACACACCUUCUUUGAAGUGCAUAACUAUUUAGGUUUUGCAAUUGGCAACUGAACACUUCCUAUGCAGCAUAUAUUUCAAAAAUCAAGCCAAGGAUACUGGUGUGUUUCUUCUCUGAGCUAUUGAAAUCAAUAUAUUGGGAGGAUUUCUAGUCAUUUUAAGAUAUUAAAAAAUGGAUGGAAGUUUGAUUUAAUCAUGAGUCUUCACAAAAUGGUCAUGUUUAUAGUGUGCCUUUAAUGCAGCCUUUCUCAACCUUUUGAUCCUGGAGGAUCCCUUGAAAUACUUUUCAGGCCUUGGGGAACCCCUGCGCAUUCAGGCUCAAAUAUAGGCCAGAAGUUACAAAAUAAUUAUAUUCGUUUCACAUGUAGGCCUGUAUGUAUGCAUUAACAGAGUUCUUAAACUGAAAAUAAUGAAACUUACCUCUUUAAUGUGAAGUUGCCCAAACUUGAAAUAAUUUUUUAAAUAAUUCGUGAUCUCCUGGGGAACCCCUAGUGACCUCUCGUGGAACCCUAGGGUUCCGUGGAACCCUGGUUGAGAAACCCUGGAUUAACAUAUGAGGCUUUUGUUUAAUGCUUUGAUUCCCCUACUCAGUUUCCAGUAUUUAUCAUGUUAAAAAAAAAAAGUUAAUACUACUUGCCCUCAACUAUUACACACCGUAAGUUUGUAGUCUCCGUUUUCAGGGAUAGCAGCUGAGGUAUCUGCACUGAUAAUGACAACAAACAUUAUUUCCAGUCCAAAGAUUUUUUUUAAAUUAACACAGUGGCCUUCAUUUUAUUAAACUACUUUUGCAGCUUUCCAGAGUUUUAGAGAAUUAGAUUUUUUUUCACCCGAAGUAUCUGAUUCUGCUAAGUGUUGCAUAUUUUCAGUGCAGUUCUGUAGUAAAAUGUGUGAUGAAAUGAAUGUAAAUAUCUGGGCAGUAAGAGAUUAAUAUGUGUAUGUCUUUAGCAUAAAUCUGGUGUCUUGGAAAGAAAACAUUUCUGUGGGUAAUUGCCCUUUAUCAAGAGAGUAGUCCAUCCCAACAUGUCUGAAUUGUGUAAAAAUAUCCUAAAUUUGCAAACGCUUUCCCUAAAUAGCUUUUCUCAACCUGGGUACCUUCCAGGUCUCUGCAUUUCAACUCUCAGAAUUCCCUAGUUAGCAUGGUUGCUGUUAAGAAUUCUGGGAGUUGAAAUCCACCAGGUUGGGGAGGGUUGUUAUAAAAAUUAUAACUCUGUAUGGUAAUUAAAGCUAGAUGUCUUGGAAAUGGGGAGAGGAGAAAAGUAAAGGGAACCUCCAUUUACCUGUACCACUCCAGGCUAUUUUUAUGAUGCUGCUUAAUUUUGUAAGCAUCUGUAGAACUUCAGGUGCCAGGCUCUGCACUACACACGAUGCCUUAAUUUGCAUGUUGUUUUUCCUUUACUAUUUAGACAUAAGCCCAGUUCUCUUGUUUCUGAGGAGUGUUUUGGAAAAUCAAACAAAAAUGUAUACAAAGAACUCCACCCAUAUAAUACCUCACAUAAAGGACAUAACUGAAAUUCAUACCUUUUCAGAAAUAUUUUGAGAACACUAUUUCUAAAAUUUCAGAGUUUGGGAAGGGAGAUAUAUUUUGACAUUCUUUUGGGUCAGUUUAAUUUUUUUUAAAUGGGGAUGCUGCUCAGUUCAUUCUGGGGGAUCUUUUAGUGUUGAGCCAUGUAUUUUAAAUGUGGGAGGGAGGGGGUUUAUUUUGCUGUUUUGUUUUCAAAAGAAUUUAUUUUUUGAAAGGCAUAAUUACAUUUAAUUCAUUAUAUCUUGGUUGCUGUGUGUUAACUUACAAGGGAAAGGACUGUGAAUUUUGUUUUACUUGGAUUUCUUUUUUAAUUUGGAAUUGCAUUGUUGAAGAAUUAGGAUAUACAUUUUUAGUAAUCCUAUGAUAUACCUCAUAAAAGUGAUUUAUCAGACAUAGUAAGCUACAGUAAACUUUGCAAGGGAGCAUUUUCUUCUUAUCCAUAUGAAGAACACAGAUUUACUGGGCAGUGUUUUUCUGUUCUUCGGUUCUAUGCUUUGGAGACAGAAUAGGGUGGUAGAGUUAGCUUUUAAAUCAAUAUACUGUACAUAAAACCAUUGGACUGCCCUUACUACAUGAAGAAGCAGGGACUACUACACCAAUGUGCAUUAUACUUUGGAUUUGAGUGCCCAUUAUUAUUUUGUAGUAUGCAUCAAAAGAUUGCAAAGAGGAUUUUACUCUGGUGCUUGGUGUCAACUUUCAAGGACACUUCAGUCCAUUCCUGGCCCUGACAAUCAGUAAGAUGGGCCAAUAAGAUGAAGCAUGUGGCACAAGCUGUCAGUUUACCUGGCCAACUUCUAGGUAUUCACUAGCUGGGAUGGCACAUCUGGGGAAAAAGAAUUGCCUGCCUUUCUCCAUGAUGAUUGAUGUAAUUUAGGAUGACCACCCAACUUCUAAAUUAAGCAUGUAGAAGUUGCCAUACAGCCAUAUCCAAAGAUCCUUGCAAGCUGUCCACUCAACAGAUUUUUCUUGCAAAAGAAAAGAGAAAAAACAGAGAGGUACCUUAUCUCUGUUAGAAAAUGAUUUUUUGAAAGUUUUGAUCUUCCCCAAAAGUAUUCUUCCAUACAAUGUCCGUUCAUCUCAGUAAGGAUUGAGGGAUGUCAUUGGAUAUUUUGCUCCAAGCCCCUAAUGAUCAUGGACUCUUGGUGACUCAGGCUAUGCCCAUGGAUUUCAAUUAUGUUAUUCACCAUGGAAUCCCUGUGUUUCUAUGCUCAGUAUUUGAACUGAAGCUUCAAGUUAACUGGACUCCAGUUCAUUGGUAUGUUCAGAUGUAGAGAAAAAGAAAGGUUCCCAGAGCAUUUACAACAGCAACUUUAGGAUUAUGAUAUCUCAGUUAAAUGAUCAGCUGUUGCACUUCACUGGCAACUUGCAUGUGCAAAAAAGCAUCAUGUGAUCAAUUAGAGUGAACUCUUAGUUCAUGUGGGAUUAUACUGAACAAUUCUGUGCUUUGGGUGAAUUGAGUGAGCCACUAAAAUAUGGUACAAGUUUCUCUUCCAGAUCAGAAGGUGAUUGUUCUCAGCAGAUCUGUCAUUGUAGAAUGGGUUUGUUGGUAGGUUGGAUGUUUGCAAACUAUCACCUUGUACCAGUUUUGGUGUAAUGGGUAGUGGAUUGUUCACUCUAUGGUAGAAUUCAGAGAUUUUGUUAUUUCUUGCCAUUUUUCCAUGAGGUCAUAUGAUCUUGAUUGAGGACCUUCAUUGUGAAUGUGAUAUCUCCUGCAGUGAGAUGAAACAAAGACAGGAAGGACUUGUCGGUGGGGAGCUGUAUUGGAUGAGUGCUGAAAUGGGAGUGGGGUGGGGGUGGGGAGGUACUUCAGAAGAUAAUCGUAGAUAAAUAAUACCUGUAUAAUAUAUAAUUGUUUUAUAGCUCAGUAAAUUCUGAGGGGUUUUAUUCAAAAUCUUACAGCAUAUUAAACAUAUAAUAUGGAAUGAAUGUGAAGUUAAUCUCAGUGCUUAUCAAAAUAUUAAAUAACCAUUGUAAUAUUGAACCAACUGGAAGACUCAACGUUGCUUAAUGUUUUUUUUUUUCCUUUAAUUUCCCUCCUCAAGUAAUUUGACUUCACUUUGCUUCCAAUCUGUAUAAAAUGGGCUACUGAUUCUGGCCAUUUGAUGCCAGACAGCUCAGGUAUUGCUUUGUGUCUUAGGCAAACCUUAAGUGUAUGUAAAUUAGUCUACCCUUCUUAUUCUACUGUACACAUUUAACUGGCAAAACUUCAUUUCUGAAACUCUUUUCCAUUUCACCCUGUCCACUCACAGUUUAGCAGUUUAUUGCUGUACUAAAAGGCACAAUCACUUUGGAGUUUAGGAAAACUCCUGUUGAGUCUUUAGUACAAACUCAAACAUGUGAGUAUGAGCUGCACCCAACUGUUCACUAAAGCAGUGCAUCUUAAAACCAAAACUCUCUUGGGGUAGAUUGGGCUUUCCUAUUUCCUGGGUUUGCUGUGCUAAACCCCUCUGAGUAGAUGUGCAAAACAUAUCUAUGGACUGAGGCCAGUGAUUGUAGACAUCAAUAUGAGCAAAACAACAAUGUAGCAGCUAUACGGUUCUUAGUGAAAUUACCCAAGCAGAUGCAUCAAGGGAGUGUUAAGUUUGGGGAUACACAAGGGGGAAAGGAGGAGGGAAUAUUACACUAUAUAAGUAAUACAGCACUAAUACACUAAAUUUGGAAUGAACAUGAAGCUAGUUUGCCACUAUAUAGCAACACAGUGCUUAUCUCUAUAAUAUGCAUGUAUUAAGAAUAUUUGCCAGAAUACUGUCAUGGAGUUUAAUAAAUGUAUUUUCUUACAUACCCUUCAAAA